CUUGGCGGGAGUUGCUGCUGACAAUUCGCCGUUGGCUAGGCCUCGCCGGGGAGAGGCGGAUUUAAGCCGGUUUCGUGCCGCUACAGCUGCGAAGACAGGGUUGGCGGUGGGAGGAAGACGCAGGCGGAAGGAUCAGAAUCCACAAAAUGAUGGCAGAAGAUUUAGACCAAUUUCUUGAAGAUCAAAAAGCCAAGUUGGCACAAGACAAGGCAAGACUUGAAAAUGAUCCACCUUACAUGGAAAUGCAGAACAAAAGUACUGAAAAGCUUUCAGAGACCAGCAAAAUGUUAAUAUCCAUGGCUAAAGAAAAUAUACCUCCAAAUAGUCAAGAGACAGGUGUACACGACUAUGGAUUAAGCCUGCCUCUUGGUGAAGAAUAUGAAUAUAAAAAACACAAGCUGAAGGAGGAGCUUCGGCAAGACUACAGACGUUAUCUUUCUCAGGGAAAUUCACUGGCAAAAAAGAAGAAAAAAUAUCUUACACCUGGUGAAGUUGAUCCAUACACUCAGGGACUUUCUCUUCCUAUUGGUGACAGAAGGUCAGCUAAGGACAGGUUAAGACUUGAAAGAAACAAAGAAUACAAUCAGUAUCUCAGGGGAAAAGAGGAGUGGAAUGAAAAGUUAAGGAGAGAAGGAAAGAGGCACAUAGAGCGUGACCCAGACACACGGACAAAAGGCACGGCGGUUACCAGAGUCCAAUCAGAAUUACUUAUGCCCAAUUCACCCUUGAGAAGAGAUGAAGAACCUCUCAAGAAAGAUGCUUGUAUUUCUACUGAUAACUAUGAAGGGUUGUCCAACAGUCGAACAUCAUUAGACCAGCAUUACAGACCAGAUCAUGAAGUUGGAUCCGGGGACCAUGUAUUGCACAAAAAGCUUGAUGAGAAAUUGAACAUUUCCAACAAAAAGCAUCAAAAGCUUGAUAGCAAACCUUGUAUCUGUCAUAGAAAGCAUCAUAAGUUUGAUGAUGAUCCUGAAAUAAGUGACGAAAUGGAUCCUAGAUUUCGAUAUGAAAGUGACUAUGACAAAAAGCCUUUGCGAGUCUUUCAUGCUCAAAGAAGUCAAGGCAAUUCCCCUAUUAAUGAGCAGCCACAGUCCGCCCCAUAUGCCACAGGACUCAUGAUUGGAGGUCAAGACAGAGAGCUUAUUCAGAGAAGAAAAGAACAAUAUAGACAAGAAUUAAUGGAGCAGAUUGCUGAGCAACGGAGGAAUAAGAGACGUGAAAAGGAACUUGAGCUCCCAGUGGCUGCAUCUGGAGCUUUAGACCCUGGGAAAAUGCUAAGUGAAGAAAAGCCCAACAGACUAAGAGAAUUUGGAUUAACACCACAAAUAUUUGAGGAGAGAAUACCACCAGAAAAACCAAGACCAGCUUUUCAGACACCAACUCCUGGACCUACCUCUAUAUCUGCACCUCCUAUCUCACCAAUGAAUGAAGAUUUUCACAGAGGGCUGUCUACAAGUCUUGGAGAAAUAUUGGCACCCAGAAUUGCACCCCUACCACCUCCACUACCGCCACAGAUUUUGCCUGAUAAUUACAGAACUCCGUACGACGAUGCAUACUACUUCUAUGGUGCAAGGAAUCCUUUGGAUCCCAACCUUGCAUAUUAUGGCACAGGUGUCGUGGGGGUACAACCUUCAUCUGCACCUCCCCCUGUUGAUGCUCUUCAUAGACCUGCUGCUGUGUCUCUAAGUAACUUUGGAACAAAAGUUACAAAUGAUAGGCCAAGAGGACUGGGAAUAUUUCCUGAAGAAAAAUCAAAGCCCACAAGAGAUACUUGUUUAACUUAUCAGCAAGAACUACAGCAGCAGAUAAAGGAAAGAGAGGAACGUCGCAGGCAGGAAAAGGAGGAAAAGGAACGGUAUGAAGCCAAAUUAGAAGCGGAAAUGAGAAGUUACAAUCCUUGGGGAAAAGGAGGUGGAGGUGCUCCUCUGAGAGACAAAAAGGGAAAUCUCAUAACUGACUUGAAUAUGAUGCACAAGCAAAAUGAAGAUGCAUAUCAUAACCCAGAGGCUCGAAUCUAUGAAGAUAAACGGGCUAUAGUCUCUGUUGACCUAAGUCUGGCCUCCCCAAGACUUGAAAAUACAGAUGAAUCUACAAAUAAAAUAGCAGGUUUUACAUAUGCACAAACACCCCAGUUUGCCCGUGGCAAUAUAUUUGGUGAGGCUCCAACCCCAGAACAAAUUAGGCGGCAAGAAUCCUACAAGAACUUCCUUCGUUUUCAGAUUGAGGAGAAAAGAAAGAGGGAAGAAGAAGAACGUGAAAAACGAAGACUAGAAGAAGAAAAGGAAGAAAAAAGGCUGGCUGAGCAGAGGGCGAGAAUAGAAAAAGAAUAUGAAGAAGAACUGGAAAGGAAGAGAAGGAAAGAAGAAGAGCAAAGAUUGAAAAAUGAAGAAUUGUAUAACUUAGCUGAAGAAAGGAGAAAAGAGGCAGAGAAAAAAAAGUUAGAAGAAGAAGGAAAACAACAUAAACAGAAUAAUGAAAUCGAGAGGCAUAUAGUAACUGAAGAAGAUAAGGUUUCUAGGCAGCCUUCUCCUCUUAUUCCAUCUCUUCAGAACAAACCAUUAGUGAAAGAAGAAAGGCCACGUUUGGUGGAGAGUCAAACUUCUUAUUAUACACAUGACAUUCCAAGAGUUCAGUCUCCUCCUGUGCCAGCUAGAAGAAAUCAGCUGCGUGCCUAUGAAGAAAGGAAGACUGUAAUAACUGAGCUGUCAGAGAUGAGGAAGCAACUCCGCAGUGAAGAGCGGCGGCUGCAGGAACAAUUAUUGAAAGUACAUAGCGAUGAUGAUGAUGACCUGUCUGUGAAAGGGAGGAAAGAUAAACAUUACUUGGAUGUGUUUGAGAUGGCCAGACUUCGUAUGCAAGCUCCAGUCAGACGACCGUUAUCGAAGGAUAUUGCUGAUCCUGUCAAUGUACAAAAUAUCCGUGAAUUUAAUGAACUUAAAUACAAAGAUUCAGACUCACGGGUGGAAACUAGAUACAUGUAUCCUGACCCUCCUACUAGUGACGAUUCCCUGGACAUUCAGCAGCAGGCAUUGCUCAGAGAGCAGAAAAAGAAACUGAGAAAAAUGAGGAGGAACGCAGAAGCUGUCCUAGAUUUUGAUGAGCCUGAGUCUGGCUAUAAAUCAAGGCAUAGGGUUACGGACAAUGAGUCAAAUGAAUUUCUGAAAAACUCACUCUUGGAGUCUGAAAGUGCUUUUAUUGGUGCUGAUGGUGAGACUUUUCCUCCUUUAGAAAUACACACAACUCCUCUGCCACCUCUUUCUGCAAGAGAAAGAAGGCGAGAGAAGAAAAAGGAUGAUGCCCCUUUUAGGGUGACUCCGCCCGCACAAUCUGACAGCAGCUCUCUACAUUCAAAUUCUAGUCUCAAUAUAGAUCAGCUGAAAGCCAGAAAUGAAGAACGGCUGCAAAGAUUAAAUGAGCUGCGGAAGAAAGCCAGUCAUAUAGGUUAGCAUUUUGCAUCACCAAAGUCUGGACUCAUUUUUGAAAUUUUCUUUAUAGAAAGGAGGUGAUAGUCAGGGUGAGUAACUGACAAAAUUUGUUUUUAAUAUAUAUUUUAAUUAAAUUGAUAGUUAUCUGAAGAUUCCAGUUGGGCAUCUGUCAAUGCUUCAAGUAGUUUUCAUGCAUGGAUCAGCUUUGUUGGUUGUACUAAAAACCUGUUGGUAGAGCACUGCCUCUCUUCUGUGUGCUGCGAUCUAUCCACUAUAUUUCCCCCAUCAUCCCCAUAUUCUGUCCAAGCUAUACAGUAGGAUAUAUUCAAAAACAUACUUCUGGCUGUAUGCAACUCCAGUGCCUUUUCCUUUAUACUGCCCCAUGUGCAAGUCUCUGCAAAAGUUGAUUUAGUUUGCAAGUAAGCUUUGCCCAAAUAAUGGCCUUGGAGAAAGAUGAGGUAUAAAAUGAAUUAACACAUUAAUAUCCAUCUGUAGGGUGGAGUAUCUAUAGCUAUAUGUGGUUUUCUGUACGGAAUAUGGCAAUUUUGAAAUUUAAGGCAUGAUAAAGCCAAUUUCUGCAGCUGCAGUUUCAAGAAUAAUCUUUAUAGCAGUUUGCAUUAAGGUUAUGGUUGAGAUGCUUCAUCAGGGGAUGUAUAUAUCUCAUAUUGCUAUGUCUCUUGCACAACCCUGGCCACAUACAACCAUAUAUUCUCAGCAAGAGGAGAGCACUAACAAGGCAUCCAGGGUUCCUGGGGUCAUUGCAGUACAUCCAGCUAAAGCAGUAGUCCCCAACCUUUUUUUUUUUGACCAGGGACCACUUGAUCAGGGACCACUCUCCCAAGAUUAGUACCAAAAGGAUUAUGAAUCAGUUUUUUUGUCAGCUUUAGAUUUGGUUUGGCUAUUUGGGGUGCUGAUUCAGAAGAUUGCAUUAGAUAGACCACAUCAGCUCUAUUUUCUGAUACAGAACAUAUGCCAUCCAGUAGUCACCGUCUGCUCGCCCACAGAAAACCAUAUUUAAUAAUCUAGAGCUGAUGUGGAGUAGAAAUCUUUCAUGGGUCGUCAGCCUCUCCCUUCCCGACAUCCCUGUGCCUUGGCACUAUAAGAGAGUUUCGUGAGACCAGUUGUGCUUGUUGCCACGUGGUUUCGAGGCAACGGUGUAGUAAUGGUGAGGCCGUGGACCAUAUUUUUGUUCUUGGGGAGCACUGGUAGUCCAUGGACCACAGGUUGGGAACCACUGAGCUAAAGGAAAACAAAUGGAUAUGAUCUUGCUGUCCAGCAAUCCAGAAAUGGUUGCUCUGCUUACAAGGUGUGUUGCAGGGGAAGACUUUUGCUCAUUCUGUGGUCAGGGAAAAAAUCCAGUGUGUGCAGUGACUGACAAAAUGAAUUAUACUACCUUUCUGUCAAGGGAAUAGCAGUUUGACUCAAACCAGAAACAUAAGCAACUAGAGGGGGGAACCUCAUAAUUUAAUCUAUAAUGCUAGAUUCUUCUUUUGAUUUUUGUCAGAAUGUUGUGCCCCAUUUUUUGCAUUUACUAUACAUCAAACUAAGAUGUAGUGGGGGUUUUCUGACCAUGUGCUGUGGUAAAAUAUUAAAAUGGUCACGAUUGCUGCAACAUGGAUAUUCAAUUAUAAAAAUGGGUCUCUUUUUGACAAUUGCUUUAUUAGGAAUUGGGGGUGAGGAAAGUAUUGCAUUUCCCCGAAAGCUGCUGAGCAGCGAUCCAUAUAGUGGGCUAUUCCUUGAUUUUCCCAGAAUCAGAAGUCUGAAUCAAGUGACACCCAAAUUCAUGGCUGAGAACUCACUGUGUUUUCUCCUUUGCCUUCCAACCCAGUGGUUCGCACAGAUCUUUUGCACAUCCCAAAAGGAUUAGUUUGACAACCCUUAUCCUUGGAUUUGCUUUCAGUGGUUACACUUAGCAAUGCUUCAAAAAAAUCUUCCCCACCUCAGAGGGUUUUGUGAGACUUUCUAAGUCCUCCAAUGCAGUUUUAUGCUAUGCUUCUGGCUCAAGUAGCCAAAAUAUGGGGUUUGCUAUUAUCCACAGAUUUAAAUAUCCAUGGAAGGUCUUGUUAGUUGUACUGUUUAUGUGAGUGCAGAGUAGAUUACAAAGACCAAGAGGUUUUGGAUGUGUUUCAUAAUGGCUUCUGUCAUACUUAUCAAACUGUAUUCUCAUUUUAGAACUUUGUAUCUUCAUUUAGCUUCAAUAACUGUUGCUUUAUUUUCCCAGUGAAAAUCCCCCAGGUCUCCCCCCCCCCUCUUUUCUUUAGAUUUCCUACCAAUUGUAACUCUAAAAACGUAUAAGUAAGGGAAAGACAGAAGAUAUUAAAGCAUGGACUGCGAUCCAGUAAUUUCCUUUUCAGUCUCAGAACUCCUGUAUAAUUAGAACAUUUCAUAGCUUUGAGUGUAUUCCCAUACUGCCCUCCAGAUCAUUCCCUAAGAUCAGCAGAUUGGACCCUCACUCCACCCCACAGCAAAGCCCCACAUCUGUGAUGGAAGAAUUUUUCUCCAGUCUUGGAAGCUUUCAUGUGUCAUAUGUCAUCAUACCAAAUGUGAGCUUUGAAGUGAAGCACAGAAACUAAACUUA